UCCUCGGUUUUAUAAGCCAAAACACUUUGUAGUAGGUACGGCCAAAACCGGCUGCCGUUUUCGAUUUGUCUGCUUUCUCUGUCUCCUCUUAUUUUUCCUCCCUCCCUCCAAAUACCCCGCUUUCCCAAAUAAAAAAAAAAAACAAAAAAAAAAUAAAAAGCUUUGAAUCUUUGAUCAUAGACUCUGCAACUACCAAAACAAAAAGGGAAAAAAAGAAAGCUAAAAACUCAACUUUACUUGUCGUUUAAUGGAAACUCUUUCCCAUACGAUCACCACUUCGGCUUCUCCGAAACUCCGCCUCCCUCGAAACGACAACGUUCACCGUCGUCUCCUCCGUUUCCGCCAUGGAUUUAGUUCCUUGAAUCUCGGUACACUGAGAUCGCAGAGGAGUACUAGUGGUUUCUUCAAGGUUGAAUGUAGUCAACAGAGCUCGAAAAAUUGUAUCGAUUUUAGUGAUCCUGAUUGGAAGUCAAAGUUCCAGCAAGAUUUCGAAAGACGCUUUAAUAUUCCUCACAUCACCGAUACUUUCCCCGAUGCUCAGUCGUUUCCUUCCACAUUCUGUCUCAGAAUGAGAACUCCGGUAACUGAGGAUUUUGCGGAAGGCUAUCCGUCGGAUGAGGAAUGGCAUGGUUAUAUUAAUAAUAACGAUAGAGUGCUUCUUAAGGUCAUACAUUACUCGUCUCCUACAUCUGCCGGUGCGGAGUGCAUUGAUCCUAACUGUACUUGGGUUGAACAAUGGGUUCAUCGUGCUGGGCCUCGAGAGAAAAUAUAUUUCAAACCAGAAGAAGUGAAGGCUGCAAUUGUUACUUGUGGUGGGCUUUGCCCUGGUCUUAAUGAUGUCAUUAGACAGAUUGUCAUCACACUGGAAAUAUAUGGUGUAAAAAACAUUGUGGGGAUUCCUUUCGGUUAUCGUGGAUUCUCAGACAAAGGCUUGACUGAAAUGCCGCUAUCGCGGAAAGUAGUCCAAAAUAUUCACCUUUCAGGUGGAAGCUUGUUAGGAGUUUCACGUGGAGGACCCUCUGUCAGUGAUAUUGUUACUAGUAUGGAGGAAAGAGGAAUCAACAUGCUUUUUGUGCUAGGUGGAAAUGGUACUCAUGCUGGGGCUAAUGCUAUUCACAAUGAGUGCCGCAAAAGAAAGUUGAAAGUGGCUGUUGUUGGUGUGCCAAAAACUAUUGACAAUGACAUUCUGUUGAUGGACAAAACCUUUGGUUUUGAUACUGCUGUUGAAGAAGCACAACGAGCGAUCAACUCUGCAUACAUUGAGGCACAUAGUGCUUACCAUGGAAUCGGUGUUGUGAAAUUGAUGGGUCGUAGUAGUGGUUUCAUAGCCAUGCAGUCAUCCUUAGCUAGUGGACAAGUUGACAUAUGCUUGAUUCCAGAGGUACCUUUCAAUUUGCAUGGGCCUCAUGGUGUAUUAAGGCAUCUGAAAUACUUAAUAGAGACAAAGGGAUCGGCUGUGGUCUGUGUGGCAGAAGGAGCUGGACAGAAUCUCGUUGAGAAAACUAAUGCUACCGAUGCUUCUGGAAACAUUGUACUUGGAGAUAUUGGUGUGCGCAUCCAACAAGAGACAAAGAAAUACUUUAAGGAAAUUGGCAUCCCGGCAGAUGUGAAAUAUAUUGAUCCAACAUACAUGAUCCGUGCAUGCCGUGCAAAUGCUUCUGAUGGAAUUCUCUGUACUGUUCUGGGACAAAAUGCAGUCCAUGGUGCAUUUGCUGGAUAUAGCGGCAUUACAGUUGGUAUAUGCAACACCCACUAUGUUUACUUUCCCAUUCCUGAGGUCAUUUCUCAUCCCCGGGAAGUAGAUCCAAACAGCCGUAUGUGGCAUCGAUGCUUGACUUCUACAGGCCAGCCCGACUUCAUCUAAAAGCGGUUAGUUUAAUCAAAAGAGGGAACAAAUUUAAGUUUUGAAAUUGUUCAUUGAAGGUGUGAACAAGCCUUUAGAAUAUUUCCUUUUAGGCUGUAGAAGAAAUAAAACCAUGAUAGCAAUUGGUUAAAGAUAAAAAGAAACGAACAUCGGUAAUAAAGCAUUAAGGGGGAUUACCCUAUUAUUUUGUUUUGAGGGUACCAUUUUUGGCUGUUCAAGAAAAUGAGAAUGCAGUCAGUCAAACAGGGAAUUGUUUCACGAACAAUAGCAGUUGUAAUUUAUUGAUUUCAGGACAUUAAGAUUUGAACAAACAAUUGCAUUUUCGAA